AUGAGGAAAAUCAUUGGCUUGGUUGAAGGCUGUGAAGUUUACCUGUUCAAUGUGGAGGUCUCCAGUGGUGCUAGGCAAAUGGGUUGGGGCUCCUGGUGGAUGCAUAUAAGCAGGCGCCGGGCUGUUGGUGUUGAAGGUUCUAGGAGUGGGUUUUUGGUGGCUUUGCUAGUUUUUGGGUAA